CUGUGAUUGGCUGGGCUGGAUUAGCAGAGGCCGUGAUUGCUGAAGUGUCUGGCAGGUCUGAUGUCUCCACUGAGUCUCCUGCCCUGCGCUUCCCUCUGAAGAAAAAGAAGAGGAGAAGGCCUGCUCUCUCUGGGACCCAGUGGCCACAUCCCAUCAGGAACCCUGAAUGCCCACGGCACAUUUCGUCAACAUGGAGUUCUGAGGUCUAUGUGGCUCCUUGCUGCACACCAGGUGUUAAGAAAAAUGCAGAGACGCCACAGCAGCAACACAGACAACAUUCUCCCUGAAAGAAGUCGCAGCCAGGCGCUCAGCCCUGAGGCCAGCGUGGAUGAGGGUGGUGUAUUUGAGAGCCUGAAGGCAGAGCCGGCCUCCCCUCCUGCGCUCUUCUCAGGCCUGGCAGGUAGCCUGCCUGCCAGCCCCUUCCCAGCAGGCCUGGUGCUGGGCUCCACAGCGGGUGGCGGGGAUGUCUUCAUCCCCAUGCCGGCCACCAGGGAUGAGGCCGGCGGCCGCAGCACCGAAGGAAGCACCUACCACCACCGCCAGGCCCACCACCACUUCCACCACAGCACCCACCGCGGGGGCUCCCUGCUGCAGCAUGUGGGUGGGGACCACCGUGGGCACUCGGAGGAAGGGGUCGACGAGCAGCCCGGAACUCCGGCACCCGCACUGUCUGAGCUGAAGGCUGUGAUUUGCUGGCUUCAGAAAGGACUGCCCUUCAUCCUCAUCCUGUUGGCCAAACUGUGCUUCCAACACAAGCUGGGCAUUGCUGUGUGCAUCGGGAUGGCCAGCACCUUCGCCUACGCAAACUCCACCCUCCAGGAGCAGGUGUCCUUGAAGGAGAAGAGAUCGGUUCUGGUCAUCUUGUGGAUUCUGGCCUUUCUGGCGGGAAACACACUGUACGUCCUUUAUACCUUCAGCUCUCAGCAGCUCUACAGCAGCCUCAUAUUCCUGAAGCCCAACCUGGAGACACUGGACUUCUUCGACCUGCUGUGGAUCGUGGGGAUCGCGGACUUUGUGCUCAAGUACAUCACCAUCGCUCUCAAGUGCCUCAUCGCGGCCCUGCCCAAGAUCAUCCUGGCCGUCAAGUCCAAGGGAAAGUUUUAUUUGGUCAUCGAGGAGCUGAGCCAGCUGUUCAGGUCACUUGUGCCCAUCCAGCUGUGGUACAAGUACAUCAUGGGGGAUGACUCCUCCAACAGCUACUUCCUGGGAGGGGUCCUGAUCAUUCUCUACAGUCUCUGCAAGUCGUUCGACAUCUGUGGUCGAGUGGGUGGACUCAGGAAAGCACUGAAGCUCCUUUGUACCUCCCAGAAUUACGGUGUCCGAGCCACAGGGCAACAGUGUACGGAGGCUGGCGCUGUCUGUGCCAUCUGCCAAGCUGAGUUCCGAGACCCCAUGAUUCUCCUGUGUCAGCACGUGUUCUGUGAGGAAUGCCUCUGCCUGUGGCUGGACAGGGAGCGCACCUGCCCACUCUGCCGCUCGGUUGCCGUGGAUACCCUGCGUUGCUGGAAGGAUGGGGCCACGUCUGCACACUUGCAGGUGUACUAAGCUAAACACAAGUGUCUGGGGAGACAGACAGGGAGGGCCCAGCACUGCUGAGCCCAGCCCUGGGGAUGUCUGGGAAACAGCGUCCAGCACUUUCUCCUGCCUUUCGACACUCUACCUGAUGACUCCAGGGUCUCCACACCAACACAUCCUCACCUCCCUGGUACAGUAUGUGCAUCCUACCCCACCAGAAAGGGGAGCCUUCCUCACUCAGACGUGGCCUCCCCACAGGUAGGUGAUCCAUCCCCCUCUAAGUGGAGGAGUUACCCAUAUGCAAUCUCCCCUCGUUUAACCUGCUUCCAGCUACUGAUACUCAAUGCUACAAACUGGUAUGAGCUGAGAGAGUACAGUCUGACCCAGGACUGCUCACAAGAGCCGCUGGGAGAAUGUCCUACAUGUGAACACCAGGCUUCACCCACCUAGCUGACCUUAAAAACAGCAGGAUGCACCCAGCACCCUGCUCAUGCUGCCUCCUGGGAUGGGGGCACUCUCACAUCAGCCCUGGGAUGGAGGUACUCUGUCUCACACCCUUAGCAGGUGAGAAGCUUGGUGUGCCCGCCCAGCUAGUAAGGGGUUGAUACAUGCGUCUCCAGCGCUGCCUGGUGCCGUUGCUGCAAGUUCCCCUGUAAGUGCUCCUCGCUGGCUGGGCAUCCGAGGCCUGGGCAUACAGCACAUCAGACAGACUGCUCUGAGCAUGCAAGCAGCCAGGUCACAUAGCAGGAGCCAUGGAAAGACCGGACCUUUGUGACACCUUUUUCCUGUGCUCUGCCUGGGACAGUCAGUCUCAGAAGGGUCAGCUCAGGUCCAGAGUGCAUGCCACCUGCCUUCUGUCAUCCUUCUGUCCUUAUUCUCUUCUGCAUUGUCCCUCACUGACAGACAGCUCAGGCCUGUGCUGAGCUCUGGUGGACAUGGCUGCCUCCCCCUGGGAGACUUCAAUCCAUGUCAUAAGUGGCACACGGCUCUGGAGCGAUCCAUUUUCCCCUCCCUCUCUCUAGUGAGGUAAUUAGCUCAGAGAAACAACAGGCCUUCCAGAAUCUCUGAAAAGACUGCUUUAUAUCUUUAACUAAACGCCUUAGCGGGACCAUGGGGACACUGGGAGCCGCUCUCAGGUGCACUUCACAUUCUUCGGUCUCUAGGACACAGCUGCUCCUCCCCCAGGAGACUCUCUGAUUGGAAACCUGGGAUGAAAUAACACAGGUGACCUCGUAGAAGCUUCUGGAAUUCUGCCUGCCUCCACUGGCUCCCAACUCUGUUCUCUCACAGUCUGCAUUCGCACAACAGGCUGGCCCAAGCCACAUUUGAGAAAACUGCAAGGCUGUUGGGCAGAUUAGAAUGUAUACUUGGGGUAGGGGUUGGCAGGUUCCGGGGAGAUGGGAGCCUCGGUCCUGUCCCCUCCCCUUGUAGAUUCAGCACCCAUGGCUGGGGCACCCCUGCUGGGACUUUUUCCUCUUCUUGGUCUCCCUGGCACUUUCCUGGUACCAGUAGCACACCCUUUUCAGGGGACCCGGGCAUCCUUCAAGCUCUGUUGCUAUGGCAAUGGCCAUGAUGUUAAGCAAUCCCACUGCCUGGAUGUCCUAAGAGGGAAGGGAGGAUGGGCCCUCUGUUCUCUCUGGUUUGAGGGUUGCCCAGGGGAGCAGCAGGACCACUGCAACUGGUUUGUAUCAGAGAGGUCGCUUUGCCUGAGAUGUCAGCAUUGUGGAGGGGUUGGAGCUGCAGGAGGUGCACACAAGUGUAGCGUGGGCUGAAUCAGAGGCAGGCACUGGGAGUCGGGCUUGGAAACCUGACUCUAAACUUUGUGAUGUCCCUAUACCCUGUAUCCCCACUGUGGGGCUACAAGACCUGGCGUGUUACUUGCUGGGACCGAGAAAACUAACAAUAGGACUGAAGAUACGGCUCGUCAGCAGUCCUUGCCUAGCAUGCGGGAAGCCCUGAGUUCCAUGGUCAGCGCCACAUAAACCAGGCGUGGCAGUGCAUACCCAGUGCCAGCGCUGGGUGGGAGAGGCAGGAGGGUCAGAAAGACAAGAUCAUUCCUUGGCCACAUAGCAAGUUCCAGGACAGCCUGGGCUCCAUGAGACUCCAUUUUAAAAGGGAGAAACAGGUAAACUAACAGUGUGGGUUACUGGUGAGUGCACCAAGGAUUUAACACCCCCCAUUACUUCUCUAACAUCAUGUAAAAGUAAACCGUACCCCUGCCAUACAAGGAGUGCCACAUGGGGAGCAUCCCCUGGGACAGUGAGAUGCUCUCCAGUUGCCAUCCUUCCAGGGCACGCCCCAUCAGCAGCAGGGUUCUUCAGGUUAGAGGGCUCAGGCAGUUUCCCAGGCAGCAGGCUGUGGGAAAGUGUCCCCUGGAGAACACAGACACUUCUGCAGUGACAUGACAGUCCUUUGCACUGAGCAGGACAAUGGAGAACCAGGGUCUGGAUCUGGCUCCCGGCAUGUUGUGGAUCACAGACUCAAAUCUCACUGAGUCCUCAAAGUCUUGUGUGUGAGAAGCUGAGAAUAAUAAGGUAGGGGAGGCUGGCAAGAAGGCCAAGGUUAAGAAUGCUUGCCUUGCGUUCUUAAGAGGACCCAGGUGCGAUACCCAGCACUCACGCCAAGGGGCUCACAACUCCAGCUCCGGGGACACAAACAGAUCAUUUAAAACAGAAAGCUUCAAGAAACGUGUGGGAAGAAGAAAGCCUAACAGGCCCAGCACCUUCCAAGGAGAAUGACACAGGUACGGAGCCUCGGGACAGCCCCCAGCUGAAGAGGAAGUGGGCAGCAGUCUGAAGUCCUCUGUGCUUUUGCUUUGGGACAUGCCUUUGGUGUCUUUGAGAACCUUCUGUCAAUAAACCUCCCCUGUGGAUGUAACUUGUAUCUGUGAGUCACCAUGCAUCCUGAAGCCAGGUAGACCUGUGGUGAAGCUGUCGAGAAGUGGCACAUGUAGCCUAUGGAGAGGCAUCAGAUGCUUCUCCCUUAAGAAGCCAAGAAAGAAGCCCAAGUGUUGGCUGCAGAGGUACCUCAGUAGGUAGAGUGCUGGUCACCCUGGCAUGAGGCCCUCGUCUGGAUCCCAAGAGUCCAUGUACCCAUGUAAACAUCUGGGCAAGACAACUUGUCUGUAGGGUAGGGAAGACAAGCAGUUUCCUGGGGCCCCCAGCCUAGCUCUGAACUCAGACACAGAU